AUGUCGCCGAUUGCGCAGGAGAUUAAUGCCAAGUGUGACGCAUUCAAUACGAUACCGUUCAAGAAGAUACGCAUGUGCAUCGGAAGCCCGACGUCUAUCUGUGUUGUGCACACCUUUUCCAAACCAUGGAACAGCGCGAAAGCCCUUUUCAGCUCUGGGUACAACCGGGACGCAACUGUGGAUCGUGAUGGUAUCCUGUCAAAGUUUGGCGUGACGAAGGGUACUUAUCAAGAUUGUCCCAUGCAGCGGCCUGGUUUCAACAUCCAAUGCAAUGACGGCAACAAAGGCUGCCAGAAUGAUGACAGCAAAGAUGCAGACGCAGCCAUCGGUAUCGGGAUCGCAGGGCAGAGCACUCCCACGGAGAUGGGAGCGGGCUGGACACAGUUCUUGGCAUCAGGAGCGGGCGCCUGCAAUGCCAACAGCAUGAAGUUUAAGAAAGCAUGGCUUUGGGUUGCCAGCCUGGAAGCAUCGUCCAAGCCGUACAGGCUGACCAAGCACAAGUACAAGCCCGUCAUGAGAAUUGCCAAGACCUCCACCCUUGGCUUUUCUUCAGCAUAUUGGAGCAGCGACCAGCUGUUGAAUGAGAAUUCGCCCGUUGAUGCGGAGGAGGAUGCCAAGUACCAAGCAUACCUGGACGAGCCAGUUCAGUCCAUCCGCAUGUGCGUCAAAAAACCGGAUUCCAAUUGCGUGACCCACACCUUCAGCAGUACGUACAGCAGUGCCAAAGAGCUCUUUACCUCCGGCUACAUCCGCGAUGCCGCGACCGUGAUGGCAUCUUAG